AUGUGGUGCCAAGAUAAUAAAUCCUUGGUUUUCCUAAAUGAUGAUGAUGGUAAUGAUGAUGACAAUUAUGAUGAUGAUGAUGAUGAUGAUGAUGAUGAUGAUGAUGAUGAUGACAACGAUUGCGGCAAAAGAGAUAAAGAUGACAGCGAUGAUAGUGAUAGUGAUUCUAAAAAGGAAAACAAAAAAGAACGAAAGAAAAAGGAAGACGACAGCGACAGAGGCAGAAAAAAGAAGAAGGAAAGGAGACAAAGAUCGAAGGAAAAAGAAAAGAAAAGGCACGUGACGAAGAAAGAUGAAAGUUGCAGGAUUUUCGUAAUCGGAGGAAGUCUUGAACGUAAACCAGAAAAAAACACUGUAGCACCACCAAAAUUGAAAAGGAAAUCCAGACUAUUGGUGACAGAAUUGAUCAGAACGGAGACAAAAUCGGGCAAGAGAUCCAGACGUCUCGAAUCCAGAUUUCGGAGCAUUUAAUUGCACUAGAGCGACAAAUGGAAAAGAAAAUCGAACACAAAGAAGUAAAUGUGCAGAUACUCGAUGCGAAAAUCAAUAAAGUUGGUGUGGAAGUGAGAAAGGAAGUACACGUCACUG